GCGAUCUCCCGCCGACAGGGAUCCACGCACGCAACGCCGCGAAAUUUCGGAACCGUAUCGAAAAUCGAACGAUAUUCGUUCUAUGUACGAGAUCGAAAUAUCGUAUAUGACUCGAUUAGUUAUUAUACAUGAGGUAUAAUAAAUGCAUGAGGUGCUGCCACAGUUAGGGCCUCGGUGUAGGCUAGUGAUGUCCCGAGAGCAAUGCGGCCGGUCCUCAUAGCCGCCUGCCUACUGCUGCUUGCGCCCAUCACCGACUCUUGGUGGGCGUCUGGCAGCGCAGUAAUCCUGGACCCUCGUAUGGUUUGCAAGAAAAACCGGCGCACGCGCGGCCGUCUCGCACAGAUCUGCAGGAACGAGACAGGUCUACUGAAGGAAAUAAGUCGAGGUGUAACGCUGGGAGCAACGGAGUGCGCACAUCAGUUCAGAAAUCGUCGUUGGAAUUGCACAACACAAAGACGAAGCAUGAGGAAAAUACUCAUGAGGGAUACAAGAGAAACUGGGUUUGUGAAUGCCAUCACUGCAGCCGGCGUUACGUAUGCUAUCACAAGAGCAUGUACUGCGGGAUCGCUUUUGGAAUGCUCUUGUCAAAAGGAAGUUCCGAAACCUCGUCGUGGGAGAGUAGCUCAAAUGCCACAGCCCCCAUCUCCGGCGCAGACUGACAGGUGGCAAUGGGGUGGCUGUAGUGACAAUGUUCGCUUCGGCUUGCAAAAGUCAAGAGAGUUCAUGGACAGCCGAUAUAGAAAAAAAAGUGACAUAAAAACUCUAAUCAAACUCCACAAUCAUAACGCUGGGAGGUUGGCAAUAAAAAAUAAUAUGAAAGUGGAAUGCAAAUGUCACGGAUUAUCCGGUUCUUGUACUCUUCGAACUUGCUGGUGGAGGAUGCCUGCUUUCAGAGAAGUGGGUGACCGGUUGCGAGACAGAUUCGAAGGGGCUGCUAAGGUUAUCUCAAGCAACGACGGCGAUAGCUUUAUGCCAGAAAGCCCUAACAUAAAGAGACCAGGCAAGAAGGAUAUCAUAUAUUCAGAAGAAUCGCCGGAUUUUUGUUCGGCAAAUAUGAAGACUGGAUCUCUCGGCACCGAAGGACGUCAGUGUAAUAUAAGUUCUGCAGGAACUGACAGCUGUGAUCAACUCUGUUGCAGAAGAGGUUACGUACAAACGACUAUAAGGGAGGCUGAAAACUGCAAUUGUCAGUUCAAAUGGUGCUGCGAAGUCAUUUGUGAAACAUGCUAUGUUAAGCGAGACAUACAAACAUGCCUUUAA